GUGGCGAGGAUACUGGAAGUUUCUGAAGAGAUGAGGAGGAUUAUGGGAGUGAACUCUGGUCUUGAACUGAUUACAUUGCCUUACGGACAUCAACUGCGCCUUGACCUAAUUGAAAGGCACAAUACCAUGGCAAUAGGAAUAGCUGUGGAUAUCUUGGGUUGCACAGGAAAUCUAGAAGAUAGAGCAGCAACAUUAAACAGGAUCAUCCAAGUCGCAGUGGAGCUGAAGGACUCACUAGGGGAUUUGUAUGCAUUUUCUGCCAUUAUGAAAGCACUGGAAAUGCCACAGGUCACUAGGCUAGAACAAACCUGGACCUCUCUAAGACAUCAUUAUACCCAGACUGCCAUUACGUAUGAAAAACAGCUGAAGCCAUUUAGCAAAGCUUUGCAUGAAGGACAAGAUGAGUGGAAUAAGACCAUCGGAGCUCCGCAGAACAAUGUAACAGUGCCACUGCUGAUGCCUCUCGUUACCUUGAUGGAGCGCCAAGCUGUUGUUUUUGAAGGCAUGGACUUGUGGGAAAGCAGUGACCAAAGCUGCGAAAUAAUGCUCAAGCACUUGGCCACAGCUCGUCAGAUAGCACAGAAUGCAGAAACGUACAGCUUGACUGCACGACGGAUGCUGGAAGGUUUCCAGCCAGAUGAAGAGAUGAGUGAAAUCUUCAAGACAGAAUUUCAAAUGAGAUUGCUCUGGGGCAGCAAAGGUGCACAAGUCAAUCAAAAUGAAAGAUACGAGAAAUUCAGCCAGAUUUUAACUGCACUUUCCCGAAAACUGGAACCUCCUCUUGUGAAGCAGGUGGAAAAAAUAACUAUAUAAGACUCUGUAAACACUAUUUAAAUGAUAUACUUGAAAUAACCUUAGCUUUCUUUUGGCAAUUUGAUACUGCACAAACUUCUUGCAUUUCACAAGAUGUUUAGAACUUUUAACUGCACAAUGCACGCUUGUUUUAGAACUACUGAUUUCUAGACAAAUUAUUUAUUUACUGUGUCACCAAGUCAGUUGAUGAUCCCUUUAAACAGUUAGGUUAUCCCUGUAAGAUAGUCUUACAGCUUUUUGUGUUUCCCCAGAGUUGCAAUGUUUUGAUAAUGCCUAGGAGUAAGGGCACUGGCAUCUUAAUAUUAAAAU